AUGGCCUUUGCUGUUGGCCAGAUAUUUGAGUUCUUUGACUGGGAGGGAGGAUGGGUGAGCAAAUGUGGCAUCUCCCACAUUCCAAUCUACCUUUGGUUUUUUUUAUCUUCCAGAUUGGCUUGGGCAAAAGCAUCCAAAGACCCUAGGAUUGCAGAAGGUCAACAGUCUCCACUGGAGAAGAGGCUCCUGAGUCUUGGUGGUGUGCACACUACAGCAGCGAGACACUUGGUGACCCGGAAAUGCCGAGAGGAGAGCAGAGCGCUCUGCAGGGAGCAAGCGCGUUCUCUUGACUACUGGCUGGCAAAAGCCGAGUCUUACUAUAAUAAAAGAAUAUUGGAGAUGAUGAAAAAAGAAGACACCGGCGGGGAAACAAAGACUAAAGUGGAAGAGGAAACACCACCAAGCACAGAGGGACAAAAACUACAUUAUUUUGUGCCCGAGAGAGAGAAGAAACAGAUAGAAAGGCACAUUCUCAGAACAGGCCAGGCCAGAGAAUUUAAGAACAAAGCCUGGAGGCAGACCCGACUCCUCAGUGAAACCAUACUCCCCAAGAUUGUGCCAGAAAAGCAGAUCAUCCCGAAAGCACAGAGAAGAAGGCAGGUGAACGAGAGAGAGCUGCACCAAAUUAAAGAUCAUCAAGAACGCAUGAUUCGAGGGCGGGAACUUCUCGAGCAAAGACUAAAAGAAAGAAUCUUGAGAAAAAGCCAGAGCCAGAUUCCACUACCUGAGAGGCGCGGUCAAGGGAAGAAAGAGAUAAAGGAGUUUGAAAGGGUUGUUGCUUACCCACUUUUCCAGCCGUCCAGUACAAGUCGGAUUAAAGUGGAUAUUCUUAUGGAAAAAUCUCAGGACGAAGAGGAAGUGAGCACAAUUAUAAAACCGUAUGGAAGGAGAUUCUUGGCUGUGCCACCUUUUUUGAGAACUCAAAUAGGAAAAUUAAAGGAUCAGUAAAAUUUCAGAGUGUUGGUGAUGAAACUGUUUCUUUUUUGCUUUUUUUUCCAGACAGGGUUUCUCUGGCUGUCCUAGAACUCACUCUGUAGAUCCUACUGACUUUGAACUCAAGAGAUCUGCCUGCCUCUGCCUCCCAAGUGCUGGGAUUAAGGUGUGUGCCACCAUUGCUGGGCUGAAACCUUGAUUCUUUUAUGAACCUGUUUUUUUGUAUUCUGGUUGUCUGCAUAAGUUGAUGAAUGGUGGUAUUUCUAUUACAUACAUACAUAGUGAUCAGACAGUCUGGGCUUGAAAG